AAGAAAGACUAAGAUAAUUAGGAUAGGAUUUAGUUGCAAUCUGAUUAUAUAAGUGAAGGUAAAUCUGUGGCUUCCUUAUAUGAAUGCAUUCGUCAGUCUCGACGGCAUAUGUUACUGGAAGCGAGUGAAAUCAAUUUCUCGUAUCUAAGUUAAAAAGUUCAAUUAAAUCAACAGGUUUUCAGAAAAAUGGAAAAAUCACAGAUAGUUAUCUUAAACGGAUUUAUACGCCAGAAAAUACGGGAAUUAUUGGGAACUGUGUGCAUCUUUCUGUUCGCUCCGUUCAUCACGAUCAUUCUGAUCCUUUUAUAUAUCUAUCGUCGUUUGAUCGAUAUCGUGUUGAGGAUCCAACUGAGGAAGAAAUUCGCCGGUCUUCUGAAUGGCCCGGAUUCCAUAUGGGUCAUGGAGAAUUCAGUUUGUCUAUCUGUUAUCAAUAUCUUGAUGAUCCUGGAAAAGAACGAAGGGGACUCAAACGCAUCUUUCCUAGAAAAUUUCCGAAAUCUAAUAAACGAUCGCAUCGCUUCGAGAGCCGCUGGUACAGCGCUUGAGAAAUUGUUCUAUCGCCGUAGUUGGAAAUUCGGCUAUUACUUUUGGGAAAGAAACGAGGAGGUAGAUCUGAAAGACAGAAUCCGAUGGCUGGAGUGUGUCAAUGCUGAAUGCGACGGGUCCUGCGAGGAUGUCACCGGCGAAUUCUUCCGGAAGAUUUUGAAGAACGUGACCAAUAAACCGUUACCUGACGAUCAUACGGCCACGUGGGAGAUUCUAGUCGGAAGACGUUGUUCGAAAUUCAGAUCUCAUGUCGAGGAAAGCCAUUUGUCUCCUGAGGAAUGCUUCAAUACCAACACCCGGAAGAUUCCCGUGUUAUUUCGCAUUCAUCAUGCCUUGGGCGACGGGAUAGCCCUAAUAGACCUGUUGCUCAAAACAAUUGCUGAGGAAGAAGAAGAAGAAAUGAGAAUAAAAGUCAAAAGCGUCGCCUCGACAAACGAGAUUGGAAAACAUUUCAAAGAGACCGUUCUAUUAAACGAUUCGAAGAGAAAUUUCCAGAAUAUGGAGGUUGUACAAUCUUAUGAGAAGGAUAAUCUUGCCGCAUCGAUGCCUUUUACCUGUGUGAAAUUUUCACGAAUUUUACGAGAUCAUUUCCAAGCGUCAUUGAAGUUCUCUAAUGACGCAACGAUCGAGUCGUUGAAGCAGCAAGCGAAAAUAUGGAUUGGUACGUGGCCGAAUUUCAGAGAUAUCAGCAGAGUGUACAGCAGGAUUAAAAAAAUCACGCAAUUAACGUUGACUUCACUUUCUCUUCUGAAAUUCUUGAUUCCACAGGUUCAUUGCAAUACGGAUGAAACUGUUCUGUAUGGUUCAUCGCAAACAGGAGAAAAACUUGUGUCUUAUUGGAUAGAGAAUAAUGGGACAGACAAUAAGUCACAAAAUUUUUUAACAAAAGUCAGCGAAAUAAGGAAGCACAUAGGUGCCAAAUUUGAAGAUGUAAUAUUGGCAGCUUUUUUUACCAGUAUACACAAAUAUUAUUUUCGUAUCGACAAACCAGUGCCUGAAGCGUUAACAGUCAUUCUCCCCACAAAAAUGGCAAUGCCCGAUAAAAGUAUAACGUUGGAUAACAAGUUUUCGUUCGCUGUCCUACGGAUUUGCGUUUCCAAUGCCAAUGGGCAGACAAUUACCAAAUCAAAUCGGGAUUCUCAAUUUUUUCAGCGUCUUCAGGAUGUCACAAAAGUACACAACAAAGUCAGAAAUAGCUCAGAUAUUUUACUGAAUUUUUGGAUGAUGAAAUAUCUGUUGGCGCUGUUGCCGAUGAAUAUUUUAAGGGCUUCUGUUUUGGGUCACAGCACGAUGGUCUUUAGCAAUUUGCGCGGACCACCGAAAAUUCGUAUCCUGAAUAAUUCCUUGAGUAACAUUGUCUUCUGGCUACCAAACAGAAAUACUACCGCUCUCGGUUUAACUCUGUUAAGCUACGGAGGCAACUCACAUCUGUCUUUAAUGGCUGAUAAAUCAAUUGUGGAAAACGAGAAAUAUUUUAUGGAACUUUUAGAAAAUACAGUACAGGAAAUAGAUACUGCUUAUAACAGUAUUGUAUUGUAAUGCGUCUUUUGAAAACGUCAUCUUCCAAAAA